GCGCACCGAGGGACGCCGUCCGGAAGUCGUCUGCGAACGCUGCGGCUUAGGCUUCUCUGGUGUGUAGUGUUUGAGGCUGACGGGCCUAACGGAAACUUCGCUCGGGAACCACUACCAGUUUUAUGAAUAGGCAUUUGAAGGAGAGAGACUGAAGCCUGUCGCCAGUGACUACCUUGCAGGUCCUGGAUACAUGGAGACAAGAGGGGCUUUCGUAAUUGAGGUUUGAAGAAGCCACCCCAGGCAGCAGAAAUCCAUCUUAAGAUGAAAUGACUUCUAAGCUGGCCCUGUGGCAGAAUGUCAAGGCAGUCAGUGGACUGACUCUGGGGCUAUUACGUUGCCUGAUCCUUCUGCCUGGGGAGAGCAGGACUGGGAGAAGAUUUUGGCUUCAGAGAACGUGGGAGAUAUGGAGACCAUGAAGAAAUUGACUCAAGGACAUACGGCAAAAGGUUUGUCUUCUAAGGAUACUGAUUGGCCCCAAGAGAAGAAGAAGCCCAAAAUACUAGAACCCGUUACAUUUGAAGAUGUCACUGUGGUCUUCACGGAGGCAGAAUGGAAGAGACUGAGCUCUCAGCAGAAGAACCUGUACAAAGAAGUGAUGCUGGAGAUUUACAGGAACCUGCUCUCAUUGGCAGAACUGAAGCCAGAAAUCUGUCCCUGCUCCUCCUGCCUUCUGGCAGUCUCCUGUCAGCAGUUCCUCAGCCAACAUGUGCUUCAGAUCUUCCCAGGUUUAUGUGCAGAAAAUCACUUCCAUCCAGAGGCUUCCAGCCCAGGGCAUCAGAAGCAGCCAGAGCAGCAGGACCCUGAUCAAAGGUGUUGGAGUGAAAACACAGAAGGUCAAGAGAGAGAAGUCUCCAAACCCUUGUGUGUGAGGACAGGGGAGAGAGAGACUUCAAGGGCAUCCUCCAGCCCACCCCAAGGACAGUCAGCAAGCCCUAGAGAAGGCAACACAGUGGUAGGAACAGAGCCCAACUCAGCCCACAGGGUAAACUCUGUGGAAACAGACAACGGGUUGAAGAAAUUAGAAACCUCAAGAUUUGGAGCAUUCACCUAUAGAGAGGAUGAACCAGACUGUGGCCUGAAACUAAACUUCAUCACCAACCAGAGGGCCCUCUUAUGGGAGAAGCCCCAUGUUUUUAGUGAGUGUGGGCGAGGGUUCAGCCACAAGUUAGAUCUCAUCAGACACCAGAGGAUACACUCAGAUGAGAAGCCUUAUGUUUGUAGUGAGUGUGGCCGAGGCUUUAACCGCAAGUCAAAUCUUAUCACACACCAGAGGACACACUCAGGUGAGAAGCCUUACAAGUGCUUGGAGUGUGGGCGAGGCUUUAGCCAGAAAUCAGGCCUCCUUCUCCACCAGAGGACACACUCUGGGGAGAAGCCACAUGUGUGCAAGGAGUGCGGGCGAGGCUUUAGCCACAAGUCAAAUCUCAUCAGACACCAGAGGACACACACAGGCAAGAAACCUUAUAUGUGCCUGGAGUGUGGGCGAGACUUUAGCCAGAAGUCAGGCCUCCUUUUCCACCAGAUGACACACUCAGGGGAGAAGUCAUAUGUUUGCAGUUUGUGUGGCCGAGGCUUUAAGUGGAAAUCACUUCUCCUUAUGCACCAGAGGAGACAUUCAGGUGAGAAACCUUAUGUUUGUAGUGAGUGUGGCCGAGAAUUUAGCUACAAGUCUGAUUUCAUCAGACAUCAGAGGACACACUCAGGUGAGAAACCCUACAUGUGCCUGGAGUGUGGACGAGGCUUUAGCCUCAAGUCAAAUCUCAUCACACACCAGAGGACACACUCAGAUGAGAAGCCUUAUGUUUGCAGUGAGUGUGGCCGAGGCUUUAAUCAGAAAUCACAUCUCCUUAUACACCAGAGGACACACUCAGGGGAGAAGCCUUAUGUUUGCAGUGAGUGUGGGCGAGGCUUUAACCGCAAGUCAAAUCUUAUCACACACCAGAGGACACACUCAGGUGAGAAGCCUUAUGUGUGCCUGGAGUGUGGGCGAGACUUUAAUGAGGAGUCAAGCCUCCUUGUGCACCAGAAGACACACUCAGGGGAGAAGCCUUAUGUUUGCAGUGAGUGCGGGCGAGGCUUUAUACAGAAAUCAGCCCUCCUGCACCACCAGAGGACACACUCAGGGGAGAAGCCUUAUGUUUGCAGUGAGUGUGGGAGAGGCUUUAAACAGAAGUCAGGCCUCCUUUACCACCAGAGGACACACUCAGGGGAGAAGCCACAUGUGUGCAAGGAGUGUGGACGAAACUUUAGCCAGAAGUCAGUGCUCAUCAGACAUCAGAGGAGACACUCGGGUGAGAAACCUCACGUGUGCCUGGAGUGUGGGCGAGGCUUUAGCCAGAAGUCAGACCUCCUUCUCCACCAGGGAACACACUUAGGGGAGAAGCCAUAUGUGUGCAGUGAAUGUGGCCGAGGGUAUAACUGCAAAUCGAUCCUCCUUAUACACCAGAGGACACACUCAGGGGAGAAGCCAUAUGUUUGCAAGGAUUGUGGGCGAGGCUUUACCCAGAAGUCACAUCUCAUCACACAUCAGAGGACGCACUCAGGUGAGAAACCUUAUGUGUGCCUGGAAUGUGGGCGAGGCUUUAGCCAGAAGUCAGGCCUUCUUCUCCACCAGGGGACACACUCAGGGGAGAAGCCACAUGUGUGCAAGGAGUGUGGGCGAGGCUUUAACAGGAAGUCACACCUCCUCAUGCACCAGAGGACACACUCAGGGGAGAAGCCUUAUGUUUGCAGUGAGUGUGGCCGAGGCUUUAACCGGAAGUCACACCUUCUUAUGCACCAGAGGACACACUCAGGAGAGAAGCCCCAUGUGUGCAAGGAGUGUGGCCGAGACUUUAACCAUAAGUCAAAUCUCAUUCCACAUCAGAGGACACACUCAGGUGAGAAACCUUACGUGUGUCUGGAGUGUGGGCGAGGUUUUAGCCAGAAGUCACAUCUCUUCACACACCAGAGGACACACUCAGGUGAGAAACCUUACACGUGCCUGGUGUGUGGGCGAAGCUUUAACUGGAAGUCAGUCCUCCUCAUGCACCAGAGGACACACUCAGGGGAGAAGCCUUACCUUUGCAGUGAAUGUGGGCGAGGCUUUAGCCAGAAGUCAGGCCUCCUUUUCCACCAGAGGACACACACGAGGGAAGCCGCAUGUGUGCAGGGGGUGUGGGAGAGGCUUUAUCCAGAAGUCACGUCUCAUCACACGCCAGAGGACACACUCAAGUGAGAAACCUUACAUGUGCCUCGAGUGUUGGCAAGCCUUUAGCGAGAAGGCAGGCCUCCUCCACCAGGGGACAUACUCAUUCGAGAAGCCCCAUGUGUACAGGGAGUGUGGGUGAGGUGGUAGCUGUAAGCAGAGCCUCAUUAGACAUCAGCUGGCUUACUUGGGAGAAACCUUAUGCUUGCAAUGAGUGUGGCUGAGGAUUUAGCUAGAAGUCAGACCUCCUCAGACAUCAGAAGAUACACUCAGAUGAGAAGUCUUAUGUUUGCAGUUAGUGUGGCCAAUGCUUUAACUGUAAAUCACUCCUCACACACCAGAGGACACAGAAUAGAAGCUCUUCGUGUGCAAGGAGAAUGGGCAAGAUUUUGGGAAAAAGGCACACUUCACUAUAGAUCAGAGAACAGCUUUUUGGGGGGAUGGGGGGAGAAGCAUUAUGUGGGCAGGGAGAACGUGAGGUGCUUUAGUGAUGGGUUAUGCCACCUCUUGCUCCCGAAAACACACUCAGGGAGAGGAGCUGUGUGGGCAAGGUCUGUGGGCAGAACUUUAUUCCAGUGUCCCUCCUCAACUGACCUAAGAGGACAAAAUUUUGCCUAUAAAUCACUACUUCACCCACCUCUGAGAGGGUUUCAGGAGAAGGCUCCUGAUCGCCUAUGCUCUGUAUGAGGGUGAAGAUGUCAGUAGUAACUAGACAGAUGUUUCCACAUCCUGUAACCAGGCUUUACUUAAGUAAUCUAAGAAUGAUUGACUUGUUUUCAUAUACCAGUUCUUUCCCAUGAAUUGUCCUUUUAUUGUAAUGAAGUUUUUUUUUAAUAAACCAUAACUCAGGCUGUGUUACUCAUCUGACCUGAAAAGUACAUAGAAUUAAAAUUCACAAUCCAAGUUUCUUGAAUGAAUUCAACACUUAAGAAAAAAUAAGUCCUAGAUGUAUUUGUUGGAGAAUCUGAUCCCAUGCAUGGGGAGAGGAGUGAUCUAGGUUUUAGAGAAAGAUGCCAGGUGAAGAGAGGGAAUGUCCACAUCUCCAGGGGCUGAAUUACUGCUUGUCCUAGCUGAUCACUUUUUUUUUUAACUACCUUCUUCCAUUGGCUUCUUUGAAAGCCCUCUUCCCUGGUUUUCCUUUGUACUUUCUUGCUGUUGCCUAAUGCUCAGUUCCCAGUCUUAGCUCCAGGGUCCUGUUCACUGCCCACACUCCCUUGCCUCGAAGUUGGCUUUCUGGGGCCUUCCAGUUUCCAGGGCCAGAUCCUUUAACCACGCCCAAAGUGUUCUCCAGCCUUGUUGCUUGGGGCCUCUCGUCUACUCCCUAUAUCAGAUCAACAGUGAUAGGUCUGAAGACCCCUAAACACAUUUCUAAUACCAGGUGUAAGGGCCUUUAGCCAUGUCCCCUCAGCCCUCUGAUCCUAGGACCCAGUCCUGCUGGUGACAUUCCCACAUCAUUCUAAUAACUGCUCUGAGACAACGUAGCCAUACUACUGCUAUUGGUUUUCACUCCAAGGACCAGGCCCUUUAGCCACACCCCUCUCUAGUGCUCCUUCUUUGAGCCCAAAUUGCCCAGUUUUUUCACAGUCUGAACAUCCUGGCUCUUACCCUGUGUCUUGGGGCAAUAGCUACUCGCUAGAGAGGGUUGCCUUGGCUGCAGCAAAUUUGUUUGCCCAGUUGGAGUUUGCCAGGUCCACAGAAUGGAUAUCAGAUUUUGAGAAUCAGAAAAAGCAGAGUGUUCUUGACAUCCCAUCAAAGCAGGGCAUGGGAGAAUGUCAGAGGAGUCCCUGGCCCCACAGCCUGUACCUGCUUUCGCUCACCUUGAAGUCAGGUUUCCAGAGGUUCCUAAGUCUGCUCAGGUGGGGGAAAAGGGUGGGAGCACCUGGGAAUGUGGGUCCCCAUCCUUUGCCACAUUUGCCCUACUGUCCCUUUGCCAGCGCUCCCCCCUCAAUACCAACACUGUUUCCAGUCAGCUGGAAGCCACAGGGAAAGUGCCUAUGGAUAUGUAAUGACCAGGUGGUUGAGGAGGGAGAAUUCCAGAUAACCCAAGUUCCCUUCCCUGCCACUGGGAAAGAAAUGCAAUCAAGAAAACCAGCACCUUCCUUGGGAAAUUAGGAUGGAAAUAAAGAGAAAAUGGUGCAGACUUUUCUUACUGAAACCCCCCAUAACCUGUAGCAACCUCAGCCAUGCCCAGGGAAUGGAAUGGCAGUUCUAGCCUAGCAGAGGUGGGGGGCAAAGGGGUCAUCUUUCCAGACCUGGCAAGGGGCUUUCCCAGAAUACUGCUGGAUUACUCUGUCUCUCAGAAGGUCUGCUGGAAUCAGAUCCCCACCACUCUAUCCCCGAGGGAAGCAGAAGUGAGGUGUGCUGAGGUCUCCUACAGAGGAAGGAGGGAGGAAGGGGGAGAGCAAUAGAAAGGGAAGUACAAAUGCCCUGCUACCCCAGACUUGGGCUUUGGUGCCCAGGGAGGAUGAGCAUAGUUUUUAUGUUAGGAGCUGAUGAGUUAUUUUUGACAUUAGGUCAGUGGUCUCAAACUCAAAUGACUGCACAGAGUCCAGGCAAGGCCUAUUAAUGAGAGAACCAAACCCAGAUUGGGGGUGGGGGCGUUCUGUGGAGAAUAAGGAAGUUCACACACAAGUCACUUCAUGGCAUCCUUGCUGGCCUCACCAUUUGACCCCACUUCAAAAAGCCUUGAGCCCCACCCCUUUGUGCCAUUUUCAUUUAGUUGUCCAAACGCCUGUCCUUUUUUUGAGCCAUGACCUUGAGUUCAGAACCAUCCGUUAUCCCUCACCUUCAGUUUCAGAAUUGUCUUUUUCAUGUUGAUUUUUGCUGAGUUUUCUGAAAGGUGGUAGUGGAUUAUGAAAAAUGAAUGUCAAUUUUAGCAUGGAAAUAUUUGACCCAGUAGUUGUGAUGAUAUGGAAACCAGCUGGUCAUCAGUUUCCACCUUUUCCCUACUCUCCGCUUCCUUUGGGAACUAGAAGACUAUUUUUUGACUAGGAGAAAGCGAGCUUGCUUUUAUGAAUUUUAAUGAUACUUAGGAUAGUUUUUGUCUUAGCUGCCCCUCUUUUGUGUCUGUUCUAAUAAACCUAGGGUGAAGGUAGCAGGGCCUAUACCUUCUAAGUCUAGUGAACGCUGCCACUAAAGGCUUACUUGUCUUUUGACAGAGAAGCCCAACCUGUAACAAUUUUAGUAAAUUAAUGUUGAGAGACUGGAGGUUUAUCUGCCUAAAUUUUGUAGCAUGAGAUUUUCUGUUGAAUAUAUUGGUACAGGAAUUAUAUGGGGAUUGAAGACAUGGUUUGGGGAAUGUGAGAGGAAACCUAAGACAAUGAAAGAUGAGACUUGAACAGUAGGGAGAGACUAGUAUAGAUUUGGGAAGUCAGAAGUGUUACAGUUACCCAGGCAAAAUUUUUACCUGAACCUUAGUGUUAGCAGUGUGGACUGAAAGAGAAGAGUUUGUAGGGUUUGUUUUAAAACCAGUUGGUGAUUGACUAGAUGUAGGAGAUAGGGGGAGAAUUUAAGAGGACUUUUUACCUGAUUGGGGUCUGUGCCCUGGAGCAGUGGAGCCAAUGAAAGUACUUGAAGUCAGAAACAGAGAGAAAGCUUAUUAGGAGGUGACACCAGUGGAAAGCCCAGCAACAACGCAGGCUGUCUUUAUGGAGUCCUGAAAAGCAAUUUCUACAUCAAAGUUCAUAUAUCAUUUUGGCAAGAAUUACCUAAUGUUUUUAAGUGCGUAGCCCACAGAUGAUCACAUAUAUCACAGAACAACGACAAGAAGCUUUUUAUUAAACUAAAGAUACGCAUGCUGGAUAUCUGAACUCUAAUCUUU